AUGGCCUCAGCGUACAAAUUGUAUCGAGUCGAGUACAAGCUUGCCCUGCAAGACCCCGAGUUCAAAGAAACGAGAUAUCACAACGUCAUCUUCGUCGAGACUGGCUCGGAUGGGUCUGGUUAUAAACACCAUGUCAACGGCGACGUCGUGUCUGAAACCGGCAUGACUUACUUGCGAGAAAUGGAAUCCAAGCCAGACCUAUUGGAGACCUUUCACGCCGUACAUUACCUGGGCUGGGUUACCUCGUCUAGCUAUCCAGAAGCAUUCGAUGCGCUUCUCAGGUCCCUCCCUACGCCGCCACGCCAAAGACGCUUCAAUAUACAAACCAUGAAGUACGAGCGGUGCGGUUCAGAUGGCGCGUUCUACGGACCAGACGAAAUAGCUCCUCCGCUUGUCAAAUGCACGGAGUGGACUCAUCAGACAGCGAUUCCAGCUUUGCUUCAAAAAGGUCUUAUCCAGACUUCGGAGUUUUCCCAGUCAACAUGAAUCAGGACAACGAAAUGGGGAUUCCAGACGGUCCUUGAGAUGGAUCUAUGGGUAGGACUCUUUUGAAGGGCAAACUUGGGACUCUUCAAUCUCUUGUAGAAUAUCAAGAAAAAUUGAAUUCAAAGUCAUAAUAUAUAUCCGAUGACCACGAAAUGUGUGCAUUUAAUAAGAAUUGAUAAUGUCAUAACUCUCGU